AUGACCGCCAGAAUAUUGGACAUCCUUCCGGCCGAGACCCUCAUCAGCAUCGCGGGGCAUCUCGACGGCAUUGCUGGACCGGAUUUGUCCUCCUUUUCCCUCACCAACAAAGCAUUCCAUGCCGCCGCCGCCGGCUUCUUGUUCAGCGACAUCCACAUCCUCGUCAAGCAUCCUCGAAAGCUACAGCGCGAUGUCGAUUCCUGGCUCGCAGUCCUGGGACGUACAAACUCCGCCAGGCAUGUCAGGCGCGUUAGGAUGACCUUCCAUGACAAAACGCUCCCUCACAGCGAUCUCUACUCGCCUGACCGACAGAUGGUAGUGCCGACGACACAUAAAUGGGCAUACUACAGCAAGCACGAGUCACCCGAGAACCGACGCCUCCGCGAUGCCUUUGUCGAUCCCGAAGCGUGGACUCCCAUGAUCAGACUGCUCGAAGCCCUGCCCGGACUGGUCAACAUGGUCAUUGAACAUGAAAGUAGCUUUUCGCCUCUUCUCCUCGAAACCAUUCGCACGCAUCACCCAACUUGUCGGCUAGAACUCAGAGUUUUCGAUUUCCAUUGCAGCGAAGGCGCUGCUAUCGAUGUCCAUGACGUUGCCCUCCUUCUUGCACCCCAACUGCAUGGCAUCUCGAUCAAAGAGUAUUUCCAGGUGUCCACUGGACACACAAACGAAUCGGCCAUUCUGCGUCUCAUUGGAGGCCUAUCACCGAGCCUCAAGACAGUAGAGCUGGAACCAGUCUUUGGAGGCAGGCAUAGGCGAAAAUUCGACGCGGAUUUCGAGAGUGAGUUGCAAGCGUUGAUCGCGCAAGCAGCCAAUCACAGUCUCAUACCUGGGAAGGAUCUGUUGAAGAUUUUAAAGUCACCAGAACUGGGCACACUGCGGUCUCUGACACUACAGAAAACCAACCCGGAUAGGCUCAGGGCAUGGUCCAAGGCGACGGACUUCGCGACACUGCGUCAUUUGAGAUUGACUGCAACUCCUGGAGAGUUACCGUGGCUUACGAUGCAUGCCGGAUUCCAGCAUCUCGAAAGUCUGGAGUUAAACUAUAAUGAAGUUAUUGCGGGCCCCGGAACUGCAUGGGAGAAGGGCAGAGCACCCGGAAAUGUGGCUGUUGAGUUUCUGGCCAUCAUGCCAGCCUUAACAUCCCUCUCACUCGAGGGCCGGAUACCUUCACCAGCCAUACAGUUUGCGCUGUCCAAAUUCGGAGGAUCGCUACGCAAACUAAGCAUUCGUCCUUCCUACGGCUCUCAUUCCAGCCAAGAUCCCCCCAGAGUCACGUUACAGGACUUAUGCGUGCUGUCUAAGACAUGCAUCCGGGCGCAGGAUCUAACACUCACGCUCGCUGUACCUACGUUCCAGACGAUCACACCAGAGAUGACAGAGGCAUGUGAGUCUCUCGGGCGGAUGCAGAGCCUCCGAAAUCUCUACCUAACACUUCGACACGAGACACUUGAAGUGCGGGCUGACAUGGCGGGGCUGACACCUGCGGAAGUUGCCAAGUCGGUAUGGGAUACAAUUUGUGGACAAGGCUGCCGCCUGGAGUUACUACAGAUCGACACUAUAGGUGACUGGUGUGGCACACGCAAGUCAGACCGUGUUCAUCAGAUACGCAGAGUCGGAGCCAUGGGUGAGGGGGUGGUGGAGACUACUCUGUUCCGAGUGAACAAGAAACUGUAUUGGAGAGAUUUGGAUUUUCUCGGAAAUAAGGUACCAUGA